AUGGCAAUUUUCUUGGGUAAGUGGAAUUGUUUAGCCAAAUUUGAUCCGUGCAUGCAAGAGCAUGUUCGAAGGAUUACAGACAAUGAAAUCCACGAUCAUCAUCUGGGCAAAAACGUGCAAAAUGAAAUAAUUCAUUUGAUGGGUAAUGCUACGUUAGAGAAAAUAAUUUCCCAUAUUCAUAAGGCCAAGUAUUUCUCAAUCAUUCUUGACUGCACUCCUGAUAUAAGCCAUGAAGAGCAGAUGACGAUGAUAAUAAGGAUCGUUCAUAUUGAUGGCUCCUCAGUGGAAGUUCGAGAAUAUUUUGUAGAGUACAUAGCCGUUGAUGAUAGCACUGGCUCCAACCUCACAGACCAAUGCUUACGGGUGCUCUCAGAGUUGAAAUUGGACCUAGGUAACUGUAGGGGACAGGGAUAUGAUAACGGUUCCAAUAUCAAAGCUGUCAGAUUCCAAAUACGCUCUGUGUAUGACGCGCUGGUAGAUGUUUCUGAAGAUUCUAAAGAUCCUAAGGCUAGAACUGAAGCCGCUGCAUUAGCCAAGCAGCUGAAAAAUUUUCCAUUUCUUGUUUCCUUAGCGAUUUGGUACGACAUUCUUUCACAGCUCAAUGUAGCCAGCAAAAUUUUGCAAAAUGAAAAUAUGCACUAUGAUGUUGCUCUCAAAUGCAUCAACACUGUCUCUGACUAUUUGGUUUUGUACAGAGAAAAUGGACUAGAAUUAGCAGAAGCUACAGCCAGAGAGCUCGCUAAUGAAUUGGAGAUGCCUUCCGAGGAUGUCGCAUUUCCUGCAGUAGCCAGUUUACGCAGGAGACGAACAUUUCGAUUAGGAAGUCCGGGAUGA